AUGAAGAUAGUGCAUACAGAAGAUGGACUGCUUGCCAUUGAGCAUGGGGAUGUAAGCAGAGGUCUAAGCAAACUGAUUAUGUUCGACCUGGAUCUGACACUGAUCUGUGCAUCCUCCAAUGAGACCUCUCACAACUGGAGAUACCUGUUUCGUGAAGUGCCUGCUAAGAUAAAGGAGCUAGAUAAGCAGGGCUAUUUGAUCGGAAUAGCCUCUAACCAAUCACAACUUCUCCGUCUUAACAGCUUGGAAAUGUUUAUAGAAAAGAUCUGUAGCAUCCUGACAGAUCUCGACGUUCCAAUUGUCUUUCUAGCUGCUCUGAAGAAAAACGAAUACAGAAAGCCAUCUAUAGGAAUGUACGAAUACAUGUGCAGGAAGUACAUUGAUGAGUGCAAGAUAACCAGGAAGGUUUAUGUUGGGGAUGCCGUGAACUCUUCUCUGGGCCCUGGACAUACGAACUCAUGCGAUAUUAAGUUUGCAUACAAUGCGGGAAUGGAGUUCAAGCAUCCAGUUGAGUUCUUCCGAGGAAUCCGCGUGGUAUAUUUCGACAAAUACCUUGACAUUGAAAAGUACACAAAAGGAUGUUUCGAGGCAGAUGGCGAGAAAGAAAUAGUGUUUGUGUUUGGAAGAAAAAAGCAUUGUGGGAAAAGGUUCUUUGCUAAAAAGUACUUUCCCAAUCACAGAAUUAUUUGUGAAAGUGAAUUUCCUGGCAAUCCAAGGAAUUGUUUACUGAUCAACUGUGAAAGCAAGCAUUUUAUUGAGACAGUCAUCAACAAGUAUCCCAGGCAAUACUCAAUGUACUACUUAGAUUAUCCGGAAGAGGUGAUGAAAUACCUCAAAACCCUGGCGAUUCUUUCAGGCGAGGAAAGUGAAGGUUUUGCUCCGAUUGACUCUAUGGUGUCUGGUAUUGUUAAAAGCCAUGGGAUUAAGGUUCCUUUUAUAUUUGAUAACUCUGGAUUCGGAAAAAGAAAACUAAAACUGUCUAGAAUGCAGCUGUAG